AUGGAUCUUUUGUGGAUGAUUUUUAAUCAAAAUCCUCAGCUGGCAUACCAGUUGUUCACUAUACCUUUGGCUUUUUUGUUUUACAGCUUGGCUACACAAGGAUAUCUCACUCUGUUUAACAGGCAUAUCUGUCUGGCAUUGGGAGGAUUCAUCCUUGCCAUUCUGACUAUGGGCCCAUACAGCACGCUGCUGUUUAUCACCAAUAUCACAUUUGUGUUACUGGUGCGCUUCAUGGAACCAGUUCAUAUUCACUACUGGAUUUUUGGGCUGCAGAUGUGUUGGCAAACAUUGUGGCACUUCUAUAUGCAGUACCAACACUACUGGCUCCAGGAACCUCCAGAUUCCAGGUUUGUGCUGGCCAUGUCUGCUUUAAUGCUUCUCAGUCAGAGAGUUACGUCAGUAUCAAUGGAUCUCCAGGAAGGAAAAGUCAUCAGGAAUUUCCGAGAAAGCUUCCAGAGCCAAGUUGUUUGCCUCGUUCCUUUCAUGAGCUACACUAUGUAUUUUCCUGCCCUUAUUGGAGGACCGCUUUGUCCAUUCAACACUUAUGUGAACUUCGUGGAGCAGAUAAGUGUCAAUCCACCACCUUCUCCUCUUACCAUUCUGUCUUGGAAGAUGUUGCAGGUUUUACUUCUGCUAGUUCUCAAAUUUCUCCUUACAAGCGUUCUACAAUCAAGCAUAUUCAGCCUAAGUAGCUCUCCAAGUAUAUUAUGGAUCUGGAUCUUCUCCCUGGUGCUCAGAUUGACUUAUUAUGUUCACUGGAAAAUAAGUGAAUGUGUUAACAAUGCAGCAGGAUUAGGUUUCAGUGGCUACAGUACAACCAGAGGUGCAUUGUGGAAUGGACUUUCUGAUGGUGAUGCAUUUGAGAUUGAAACCUCAAGUAAUAUUUCAGCCUUUGCUCGCCUCUGGAACAGGACAACUGCUGCCUGGUUACGCAGAUUAGUGUUUCAUAAGAGCAGCAGGAUGCCGGUGCUUAUGACUUUCUGCUUCUCGGCUUUGUGGCAUGGCUUGUACCCAGGUCAAGUGGCAGGCUUCCUUGGAUGGGCUGUAGCUGUGUUAGGAGACCACAAGCUACACAAACACCUUUCUCCAAGGCUCACCACAGCUUGGAGGAAAGGCUUGUUUACUUGUUUAAGCUGGCUCUACACUCAGGUUGUCAUCGCUUGUGUUGUGGUCACAACUGAACUUCAAAGUUUGGAGGCACUCAUGCUGUUUUGUACAACACACAUUGCUCUAGUUCCACUUGCAAGCAUUUUAAUACUGUUCAUUUUAUAA